UACCACUAAGAUGGCGGACGUGGAAUAUUCGGAAUGUUGAUUUAAAUGACUUUAUUACCCACAAAACUCACUGAUUGUGACCAGUACUGCAUGUUUGACUGGGACAUGAUGUGGGCUCCCCAGGUUCAGUUCCACCCACAGAAACCACUGGUCAUUCCGGUAGGACCGGGGGUAGGAGGGCUCCAGGUGACUGGUACAAUGGAGGAUGUACUUGGAGAAAAGUGCAGCCACUGCGAUGCACGGUUCCACAGCUCGGUGGCGCGUAUGACCCACGAGUUUGCCGAACACGCCAACGCCACCAGCGAGCGCCAGAAAAUGGGACAGGACGGACAGACCAACGGCAAGAAAAUGGCAGAAACGCUGUCCCCCCCACCCCAGCCCCCACCGGCUGAGCAGGGUCUGGUGCCCAGCUCCAUGGAGCAGCUGCCCUCACCCUCACACAAGGAGUACAAGUGUAAACUGUGUCCACAGGUUUUUAUUUCCAAGUCUGAUGCGCAGAGACAUGCCAGACACUCCCACACUGAGGAGAAGCCCUACAAAUGCCCCUCCUGCGGGAAGUCCUUUGCCAACAGCUCCUACCUGGCUCAGCACUCCCGAAUUCACACUGGCAUCAAGCCCUACCAGUGCACCUACUGCGAGAGAACCUUCAAGCAACUGUCGCAUCUACAACAGCAUGUCAGGCUGCACACAGGUGACCGCCCCUACAAGUGUACGCACCCCGGUUGCGGCAAGGCCUUUACCCAGCUGUCUAACCUCCAAUCCCACUCCAAGAGACACAACAGCGACAAACCGUACCAGUGUAACAAGUGCUUCCGAGCGUACGGCGACGCAGCAGGUCUGCAGAUCCACCUCUCUCAACACGCUCACAGGACGCACCCCAAGUCUUUCAUUUGCAACAUCUGCCACAAGGCCUACACCUCUGAGUCCUACUUAGUAAAACACAUGCUGAAGCACUCCUCCCAGUGUCCCCACACUGGCCCAGCUGACGACGGCACCCCCUCUCCCACCACCACCCAACAGGAUUCCACCAAGCAGCCCUCGCCCCCUCUGCUGAGCCCCCCUCCGUUGCUGUCGAGCCCGCCUCCGUCACUUCUCACCUCUGACCCCGGGCUGACGGGCGCGCAAAACUCCAUCACUAUGUCAAAGUCCUCUGCGGACGGCGCGCCGGUCGUCACCCAGUACUUCAGUCUGGACUCUCAGUUCAACGACCACACGGCCGCGCUAGUCGGGUCGCUACGGCAACACAUGGAGACCAACGCCAGGCAGUUGCAGAGACAGCUGUUACCCGACAGAGGGCGCCCCAAAGAGGUCUCGGCCGCGAAUUCGUUGUCAUCAGCUUUUACGGCUGUGAAUUCUACAAGUUCUCUCUCCAAGCCAAUGUUGUAACUUUAUUAGCCUAAAAACUAAAAUUAGACAUUUAAUGAUUCAUUCAAGUGCUUGUGACACAAAUGACAUCAAAGUGAAGCACCAAAGCAAACACAAUUGUUUGUAAUUACAACGAUAGGGCACUGUUUUCUUCUCAAGAGGACGGGUUAAAAAAAGCUGUAUGUCGUGUUUGGCUUAAAAAGAAAUUCAAUUGGGAUUCCCUGGCAGCAGGAAUCUUGAACUGGAAGUUGGUUUGUAAAUUUUGAUGAUAAGUGACAUCAGAAGGGUUUAUGUUUUGCACAAACAUAUUUUACUGUUACAGUUUAAUGAAAAAUACUUAUUAUGGUUGAAUUAAUUUGGGUACCCUGGGGGCCAGCCGGGAUUGGGCAGCUAGGACAGUUUAUUUGGUGGCCCAAGACAGUCAGGCCCGCCGAUCUCCCAUUAGCGCCCCGGGGAGUUCAAGCCCGAUGAGGUCCACCUGCCCUUUUCUGGGUAGCGACAACUCCUUCGGGCUUAAACACCCCGGAGUGCUAAUGUGAGGUCUGCAGGCUGACUGUCUUGCAUCUCCAAACAAAACUCGCUAGCUACCGGUAUACCUGAUCCUGUCUGGCACCCAGGGUAAAAUUUGGGAAAUGUGCUUUGAUGUCAUUGGUGUCACAGGCACUUUGAACUGGUCUCCAAAUUGUCCCGGGUUUAACUUAAAUCCAACACACAAGUCAAAUAGUUUACUCUUGGACAUUUCUGAGCAUUGAUCUGUUGCAUGGGUCACAUGAUCAUGCAUCAGAAAUGAUGGGUCAUUCGUACUGAGGAAGACUGUAUUGACACUAUUGUCAGAUUAAAAUGUGUCUUUUGUUUUAUUGGAUCAAAGUUAAAGUUGGGACAAUGUUAUGACUUCAUGUACGACUCUUUGUCACUCAAGAGAAAAUGUAUCAUAAAAAGUAAUGAAUUCUGUAUUACAGAGUCUGACGUAUUGUGUUGAUAUAUGCUGUAUUAUAUAUGCAAAUGUAGUCCAGCUACAGUUAACGAUUCGAAGGCCUGGGUUGGCUUAGUUUGUAGUCAAGAUAAAAAAAAGCCCAAUUUUACUUCUUUUGUAGUAUAACUAUGCACCCAACAACUUUGUAAUAUAUGCUUAAUAUACUAGAUGAACAACGAUCAUGAACUGUACAUUGUACUAGAGAUUAUAGAUUCCCACCUACCCAAAGUUAAAGGGUGGCUGUUGCAGCAUAACACGGUGCCAGUAGUUUGUGUGUACAGUACCAUCUGGAUAGAUAUCACCAAAUAGAAGGCUUUCAAUCACACUGCACUUGCCACCUUUGAGCACAAGUAGUGUCAUUCUAUGAGAAUUUGCCUCGUUGAGAUGCAGAUGUCAAAAUAGGAGUUUUAGGAGGUCAAAGAAUCAGGUUGUCCAGUAGAUCUAGCUCAUUCUGCUAGAAACUUCUUUGAGUAAUGUGACUAAAUCAUAAAUGGUCAAUUGCAAAGCUAUCAUCUCAGUGCCAAGAAGACUUGUUUGCAGUAUUUGAGACAUCAGUCUAGCUUGUUGUCCAUGAGGCCCUUUUUAAUCUUUAGCUGACCACAAUUAGAUUUGCAGGCAUAAAUAGCACAGACAGAGCACAGACAUAUCAACCAAGGAACACUGUGCAAAGGAAGGGUAGUGUGUAAUAAAACCACAUACCGCUACAUGCAAUCAAUCUAUAUGUCACAAAAAGAGAAUUUACAUUUUGCUUUUCAAGACAAGGUUGUCAAGUUGAAUAUACAGAGAGCUUGUUUCAAAGUUGGUUUUACUUAAGGUGGAAUUUGUUCGAAUGCUAGAAUAUGAUGAAAUACAUACUUUUUCUUGUUUCUACAAUUAUGUUAAUAAUUAGACUAUGACAAGGAAUUUUUAUACAAGUUGGAAACUGAAGGUUACUGUAUGGUAAUUUCUGUGUUGGAUAAUGUAAUUUUAAGGAUCUUUAGGACUGUUGUAUACAUGGCCAGUGUUAGUCACUGUUUAUUAACUAACUGGUGCCGUGUCAGCGUUUUGUACAUGUAUACUAGAAGUAGCGGAACAAUCAUGUAUUUUCUUUUAUAUCAAGCAAAUUGUACAUAAACGCAAAUAUCAUAUAAAAUUAGGUGACAAAACAUAUGGACUAGGCAGGCUAGAUCAACACUGUAGGAACUGCAAGAAAAAAUAUUCUGGAGUUUCUUCACAAUGUAUUAUUUCCAUAUGUUAGAGUCUGAGUAACCACUUAAUUUUCAAAAUUCUCUGAAAUUUUACAGGAAAUAAUGCUGUGGGAAGGAUGUAUAAUUAUCAGAAAGGGGAAUGCAAUUCUAUAACUCCAAUUACUGAGUACUUAUUAUAUUUCGUCCCUCGGCUAUUCAAU